CAAGCUCGGCGACAUCUCCGGGGACGACGACGACCAGCCCGACGCUGCCAGCUGGGAGACGGAGGAGCCCAGCGGGGUAUUUCUGGACUGCGGAGACGACAAGGACGCAACGGACCAGGAGGAGGAAGACCACCGCGGCACCGACACGGAGGAGUGGGAGGAGGCGGAGGAGGAGGAAGACCACCACGACACUGACACGGAGGAGUGGGAGGAGGAGGAGGAGGAAGACCAGCACGACACUGACAUAGAGGAGUAGGAGGAGGAUGACUUCCAGAUGGAGGCCCCCGCCGGGAGCGGCAAGCCGCCGUACAGGCUCCCUGCAAGGGUGUUCAAGAUGUUGUACGCCGACCAGCGUGAGGGGCUCAGCUGGCUCUGGUCUCUGCAUUGCAGGGAAACCGGUGGAAUCCUGGGGGACGACAUGGGACUUGGCAAGACGAUGCAGGAAGGGGGUAUCCUGUUGACAACGUAUGAUAUUGCCCGGAUCAACUAUAGGCUGAUAAUAGGAGACUUCUAUAAUGAUGCUGAUGACGAGGAAGAGGGGAAGAUUUGGAAUUAUGUUGUUCUUGACGAGGCACAUUUUAUCAAGAACCCCAAGACACAAAGAGCCCAAAGCCUAUUUGAAAUACCUUGUGUCCAUCGGAUUGCCAUCAGUGGAACGCCUAUACAAAAUAACUUGAAGGAAAUGUGGGCUCUGUUCUCUUUUUGUUGCCCGGAAGUCUUGGGUGAUAAGCAAGAGUUCAGAACAUUGUAUGAAUUGCCUAUCAAUCGAGGAAAUGACAAGACUGCUAGCAACCGAGCCAAGCAUGUAGGCUCAAAUGUAGCAAAGGAAUUAAGGGAACGUAUAAAGCCAUAUUUCUUGCAACGUAUGAAAAAUGAAGUGUCUCUUGAGACUGGUUUGACAGAUGAUAAACAGCUUCCGAAGAAGAAUGAGCUAAUUAUCUGGCUGAAAUUAAUAGAUUGCCAGAGGCAACUAUAUAAAGCAUUUCUGAACUCUGAGCUAGUUCAUUUAGCAUCUCAAGGAAAUCCCUUGGCUGCUCUCAUGGUAUUGAAGAAAAUAUGUAAUCACCCACUCAUAUUGACCAAGAGAGCUGCUGAGGACAUCCUGGAAGGCAUGGACGGAAUGUCAAAUAAUCAGGAUAUGUUGAUGGCUGAAAAUAUGGUCAUGAACCUUGCAGAUAUGGCUCAUGCUGAUGAUGCACUGCAAGCAGAUCAAGAAGUCUCAUGCAAGUUAUCUUUUAUGUCCUUGUUGGGACACGGACGUGGAGAUGGAGGUCGUGGUGCUCGACCCCAACAUCAGCAGCAACGAAAAGAAGAGGAAGAAGCUCUCCCCUGCCUCCGCCGCUCCGCGUCCGUCCUCGCCAAGAACGCCUCCAGCUCUGUCCGUGGGCAAGUCACCAAGGAAGAACAAGCCUGGCAUUGGCAACAUCAACGGCCGCCGCGCAAGCAACAUGAUUUGGAUGAUGAAAAGCUGACGGUGAUCGUCGAGUCGUCGUCCACGGAAGCGACAUGCUGAAUCAUUGCUCAUUUUGGCUAUGUGCAUCCUAGUAUGCAAAGGCCGGGAUUAACUCUUGGCGGCCGCUAGCUCAUGACCAGCCAAAAUAGCUAAUAUAUUUGUUGAAUUUGAUUGCGAUUUUUUUUUUCUGUCGAACUCUAUUGCGGCAGUAAGUGGCUGCAUCCAACGUCUGUUGGUUAGGCUUCUAUUUUCUGUUAUGGAUGAAUGUAUGGAACACUAUGGA